GGGGACUCGGGCCCGCCUGGCGCCCGCUAGAAGUUGAAAGCUGCCCGGACAAUGGAGGUGCAGGCUGGGGCCUAUGGGGGGCGGGCAGAAGAAGGGUCUUUCUGGGCGCGGCGCAGCCUCUUUCGAGCCAGUGUCUCCGGCUGCAGCAGGAAAGCAGGGACCCAAGGGCCCUUGUUCCUUUCUCGGCCCUCCUGGAAGCCAGUGGGGUGGAGCCAGCCCCACAAGCUCCUCAGGACUUUCCCCUUCCAAACCAGUCCCUGCCAAAUGACCCUAUGAGGGUUUCUUCUGAAUUAUCCUGCCAACAGAUUGCCGUUCGUGCCUGCUUCUUGGGUUUCGCUUUUGGGUGUGGAUUGUUGCUCAGCUUUGGACAAUCUACGUGGAAGCAUUUUGGCUGGUAUAUGUGCUCUUUGUCUUUUUUCCAUUAUUCGGAGUACUUGGUUACCGCUGUGAACAACCCACGAAGUCUGUCCUUGGACUCCUUCUUGCUGAACCACAGCUUUGAAUAUAAUAUGGCUGCACUCUCCUCCUGGGUUGAGUUUACUGUGGAAAAAUGCAUUUUCCCAGAAAUGAAGCAGAUCACCUGGCUGAGUUCCGCAGGGCUGCUGAUGGUGGUCUUUGGAGACUGUCUGAGGAAAGCAGCCAUGCUCACCGCCGGCUCCAACUUCAACCACAUUGUCCAGAACGAGAAGUCGGAGACGCAUACCCUUGUGACUCGGGGCGUGUACGGGUUGUUCCGUCACCCAUCAUAUGUGGGGUGGUUUUACUGGAGUAUCGGAACACAGAUUUUACUGUGCAAUCCAGUCUGUGUCGUGGGCUACACCCUGGCUUCCUGGCGCUUCUUCCGAGAGAGGAUAGAAGAAGAGGAGAUGACGCUGAUCCAUUUCUUUGGGGAAGAGUACCUGGCAUACAAGAGGCGGGUACCUACUGGCCUGCCAUUCAUCAGAGGGAUUAAAGCAGAACUGUGAGGCGCUGGCGCCAGCUGGAGCAGAACAGGGGUCUGUGGCUCCAGGUGCCGUCUGCCUGGCCUGGAUGGUGCGGAGCCGCAGGCACUUCAGGCCGCGCUGUUACAGUAGCGCUCAGUUUUAAUGCUUAGUGGUGAGUUCUGUGAGGGGGUUGUGAAGGGCUUGGCCAUAGCUCCAUAUCUCAGUCCACCUUAGUUAAAGUAGGAGCCCUCCCUCCCUCAUUGUAAGCAGGAGAAAAGUCCUGAGUUACAGAAGCCUCGCUGGUUUCUCAUAUGAGUAACAAGGGUGAUUUUUUUAAAAGGUGGGGAAGCUGUUCUGCCUCUUGCCAUUCUGCUGGACUGAAAUGUGCUGUGAUGAGAUCUGUCCGAGAAGCUGCUUGCACAUCAAGCAACCCCGCCCCCACCCCACAAGGGGUCUGAGUGAAGCUCUCUGGCAGAACUUUCAGGGAAAAACCUUCCUGAUCUUCCUCUUCGUCUCUCUCUGGGGGAAACGGAGCACAGCUUUAGCCCCUGGGCCUGAUCAUAAGUUAUUUGGGAUAAAGCAUUCUUACAGGGUGGGAUGGAGUAGCGGUAGGCGUGCAGCAACAGUGCCCUAUAAUUCUGUUUCAGGCUCUGUGAACUUGUUUGAGUUUCCAAAAGAAGAACGCUGGAGAGCAGCGUUGUGAGUAAAGAGAACGCCCUUCAGCGGAUGGGGCCUGCUUUGGGGGAAGCGGCCUUUUUUAAAUGAUGCAAAUCCAGGUUUGCAUCACCCUUCAUGAAUGAAUGAAAAAAUGUAUUUGUGUCUAAUGGUAAUGUUUGCCUGAUUGUUUCUGUCAGUGCCAUCUUGACGGUGUUUCCUUGGUCUUUUUGGUCUCAAUUUUGCCCUCACAACUACUUUGUUUAUUCCACAUUUUUAAUAAUGACCACUUGUCCCCCCACUCCUUAAUUUUUGUAUUUUAACUUGAGGAUUCAAGAUGUGUUUCUCUAAGAUGUAUCUUUGCACAUCUUAGCUGAGGAAGACCGGAGCCAUUUUCGGCACCAUUUGUUUGGCAGAAUCUACACGCUGGGGGAGGAGAGGGAGGGGGAUGCUUCAGCUUCCAUGCUGCAAAUGCUUUUGUUCAUGUUAUACCAAAGAGAAGCUUGCUAUUUUCUGACUCUGGUGAACUGUUUACAGUUAGGAAGGAAGCCAGGACAUUUGCAAGUUCUGGCCAAGGCGGGCAGUGGAUUGUUGAGCAGUGUUGCAUCUGUCUGGGGACCAGUCACCAUUUAGUAAAAUUCAUUGUGAAGACUGGAAGCCAUGCUAAUAACUAGCCAUGGAAAGACCCCAUGAGUUGACAUUUUGGGAACUCAGAACAGCAGAAUCCCAGGGACAAACCACUUCUGUUUCUCUUUACUUUUUGGAAUAUUUUUUUUUCUUCCCCUUCAACCACGUGCUCUUGAGCAUCUAUUGAAAUGCCUCUUAGUGAGGAGAACAAGAUCAUGUACCAGGGCUGAGUGCACUUCUUGAAAAGAAAGAAGAAAGUGAAAACAACACACUCUGGGAAGUUGGGUUCUGCAUCUUCCUGUAAAUGAGCCAGCACUGUGGUGCCAGUUUCACACUGCGCUACUUUUGUGUGUAUAGAAUUGAUUUUAGGGGUUGGGACCAGGCAUUUCAAGGAAUGGAAGUGCCAGUCCCUGCUUUUUGGAGAGCUUGUUCGACAAUCUUUCUACGCUGGGAGAUUUUCCCAGACCCAACACGACACAGGGGCAUUUAAUUUCAGAGACAACUUCAGAGAUUUUUAGGAUGCCAGAUUUUACAAGUCAAGACUUUGGUGUGCAUUCAGUCCAGAAUAUGGGUUCUCUUUUCUUUUACAAUGACUACAUUUGCAAUAAUCCUUGCUUUAGUUCCACCAUGGGUAAGCAACAACCAGGCAGAGGUCAUCUGGCACCUUUGCAUUGGCAGUGGUUGCCGUAUUCCUUCCUCCUCAGAUCUGCCUCUCCUCAUAUGCUCGUCUUGCGCAAGGCUUGAUGCCGCCCAGGAGUGUCCUCCUCAGCCAGGGCUCUGUGGCCUGAUGCUCCGUAUUCCUUUCAGAGUUGCUGUUGCAUUUUGGCCUUUGUGCCUGGUGCAGAUGUUAUCAAAGCCCUUUAGAAAAGGUUCUGAUAUCCCUAAAACUUGUCUGGUGGCAUCUCAAAAAUUUACAGGUGUCUUGGAAUAAGUGUUAGUAAACACUGUUCACUCCAUUAAUUUUCCUAGUUCUUUCUUCUUCAUUGAGUCCAGCCAAAGUAGCUCAAUCUGCAGUUUGCAGAUAGCUUGGAUAAGAGUUGGUUGAGCCAUUUGCUGAAAUAGGACCGUGGUUUUCCCCCUCUGCAACUGUAAACUGUACAGUAGGACCUGGAAAUCUUGCAUGAAAUCUCCAUUUCUCUCCAACACUGAAAGCUGUGAAAGUACCAAGUUCAGACCUUGCACCUAUUUAGGAAAACAGCACCAAGAGUUGCCAUGACCUUAAUUCUUUGAUCCAAUUCAGGAGUAAGUUAUUUUUAGCAGUAUCUGUGGGUGGUAGAGCUAGAAAAGCAGCUCAGCACCUGGCUCUUUGGGGCAAAUUCGUUUCCUGGCACUUCUGAUAUGCUUUCUUUAGCUCCUUAUGACAUUCAAAGAGCUAGCUGAAUUUUCAGUAGCUUCAUACCUUAGGUUCACACCUUAAGUUCCCAUUGAAGUGGUGGGAAAACUCUCACUAAAACACAGUUUGACCUAUUUAGAUUGGAUUGUAUGAAUUUGCCUUCAUAGUCAAGCUGUUGGCUCAUCUGUCCCAGCUUUGCCUACUUUGGUGGGUACUGAUUCUUCCAGGGUCUUGGGCAGAGAGAAGACUCCUGCUACCAAUUUCCAAGUCAUGCUGUGACUUGGGAGCUUCUAAUUUAGGUUCAACAUCUGCCGGCAAAGUUUCUGCAUCCAGCCAAAAUCCACCCUAGUAUCUGCAGUGCCACAGAUCACUCCAGGACUGCCUGUAACUUUUCCCAGUCGGAUGCCUGCAAGCGGCUCCGAGUGCCCCCGAUCAUUGCCAUGAGAGUUGUCAUAUGGAAGGCAUCAGAACCAGGCUUGAAGAACCUCACACUCCCUCAUCUGUGCACUGUUAGGAGAAAAGUAAGCAUGGAAUGCAUUCCUGUCACAGUUAAGCAUUUAUUUUAUUCUCCUUUCAAAAGUAUUUUACCAGUGGUAAGUCAGUUACUGUGAUUAGACAGCUAAUAGGAAAUGCUUCAUCUAAAAUAAAUGGCAGAAGAAAAUGCAUGUUACAUGGAGAGAGAGUAGCAGUGCAGCCCCUGCAUGUGUGCUCAGAAGGGCGCCUCAUUGCAUGCAGUUACGGGUGUUAGUGCAUAAGAGUGUAGCCCAGGAAGAGGCGCUCUCGGUGCUUUAACAUUCCUAGAACGCGCUGUUACUUCAAACAGAACCCUAUGCAAGGACAGGCCAAAUGAAUGAAUGAAUGAAUAAAUAAGUAAGGCCCAUAGCUGUAGUUGUCUGGGGCCACCAGCAGCUAUAGGCCUUUCCUUUGUUCAACCAUGCAUAAGAUUACAACACUUGACGAUUUAUUCUUCUUAGCAUGCCUUCUUGAAGUCUCGCCAGGUCUUUCAUUUUUAUUUGCUACAUUGUUAAUCUUUCCUGGUUGCAGAGACAGGCACCCGUCUUCUAAUAAUCACCUCGCAUUAUUUUUAUUGCUGCUAAUUUAUGAGUAUGCAUACGAGUUCAUUUUGGUUUGCUAAAUAGUAUGCAGUGAUAACAAGCAGAUGCAGAGGCAGAAAUAGUUCACAAAUUUCAUUGAUUCAUCAUAAGUAUUUUUUCCUGAUUAAUUUGCUGAUAUUUCCAGAUAAGCCCCCAACCAUAUUUUACAGAGAGGGGGCUGUCUUUUUGGUAUCAUAAACGUAGCCAUCUCUACUUUGAGUCAGGUUAAACAUUCUGCUUUUCCUCUAAAAGGUUUAAAAAGUAGUCUUUGUCUUUACCUAUAUCCAUAUUCAAACUUCUAUUACUUGUGCUUCAAAUUAACUUCCAUUUGUCAUCUGAUACAGAUACUUUAUUGAAAAAGUCUUUUCUCACUUCCAUACAUAAGAUGGAGGUAUGUCCCAGAGUUUGAACAACUGAAGAUAAGUUCUAGGAAGUAAUCUUGAAAAUAAUUGGUUAUACUCUACCUGGCUUCUUGAAAAAGAGGGGCCAAAUGUUGAAAGAUCAAUGAUACUGCUUCCUUUCUGUCUUAAUUCUGUGAACCCCCUUUCCCCAGACUCUCCAUGCUGGCUGGGAAUGCUGGGAGUUGGAGACUGGCAUAUCUGGAGGCCCCAGGUGGGGAUUGUGGUUAUUUGUCCUGGAGAAGGUUAUUCAGUUAAAUAUGCUGAAUAUUCAGUAUUUAACACGUAUGGAUUCCCACUAGCUAAAGGAUCUAAAAUGAAAUUCCUAGGAGGGAUAUUGAAAGGGCUGAUCUGUGUUUGAACAGAUUCUUUCCUUUCAGUCAGGAAAACAUUGCCAUUUUGCUGGCUUCUGAACAUGCCCAUGUCUUUUCUGAAGGUGUGGUAAAUGUUUAAAUGGAAAUCUGUCACCCCUUUUUCUGAACAUGCCAAGCUUUAUUGAGAAUAUAACCAACCUCUUAUGGCUCCAGAUUGGGAACCUGGAUGAUAAAAAUUAUAUAUAAACAUGGGGAAUUCCUCCCUUGCAUAUCCUUUAUGGUGUUUGACCUUCCCUGAAAAAGGGAGUUUUGUGUCUCCCUCUUUACUGUUAGACCCUGAAAUAUUGCCAGGUAAUCUUUGCAAAAUAAAUUAAAAAAUGAGAGCUAGGCUGAUGCCUUGAUCAGGGCCCACCUGCCAGAACAGGAUUACCUGCAAGUCCACUUGUACAUCUGUCCAGCUGCUUUGCUGCAGGGGUCAAGGUUGGAGUUGCUAUUUUACUUCACCAGUGGAGCUUUCCCUCCUCCUGCUUUGUCUCCUCUUUUUCAAGAAAGGCUUGUUAGCACACCUGCUUCAGCCAACACAAUAAGCCCUGUUUGAACCACACGCCACAUUCAACGGCUACAUCCCCUUUGAGUGUGCAUUGUCGGGCUUUCUGCACCUCAUCUAAGUGCUAUGAUUUCAGUGAAGCACAUUUAUUCUGGAGCCCUGCAGGGGAAUUAAUCCAAAUCCAGCUUCAGGAACAAACUGGGCUGCUUCCUCAGAACAAAAGGGAUCUGCAGCCUGGCCUCUGGCGAUUAGGCUGGAAGGAACUUUCACAGCCUCCCCAAGGGCUCACCCAUGGCUAAAGGGCGCAGCUCAUUGUAGUUUGCAGAGGUGUGUGUUGGAUUGGAUGGAGCUGGGUGGUGGCGUGGAACCCAUUGAUGGUUGCUCACAUAGCUAGAAGGAUUUCUCUAGAUGUAACCACUGCUUGCAGCCUUAAAAAACCACAGUAGGGCAAUCCUAUGCAUGACUGCUCAGAAAGAUCUUCCACUGUGGAACUUGCUACCAGGCAAAUGUCUAGGAUUACAAUCUCAAGCACCGUUCCACUUCCCUACUUGUAUCUGUGUCAGUCAUUUAUGGCUAAUAUAUGGAAGUCGAAAAAGGUGGUUUUGCCUGUGCAGGGGGAAAACAGACCUUUGCAGAACUUAAACUGCUUGCCUUGAGCAGAUGCACAGCUGUCUCGAAAACCAGGCUAGUGGCCGGGCAAAGCCUAUUGUAUAAUAUGCAAGAGAGAGGAGUGCCUUUUCCAUUUUACAGUUCUGCUUACAGAAGGGAAGAUGAGACUCCAAAUAAAACCAUUCUGUGCCUUUGGAUGGUCCUCCCCCAGAGCUGAAUCCAAGCCCUGAUUCUACAGGCAUGCAGAACUGGGGCAUUUUGAGCAUGGCUCGACUUCUUCAGAAUUUCAGGUUUUUCCUUUUCUGAAAAAAGCAUGUUUCAGGUCCUUCUGAUUGAAACCUCUAAAUGCAGGGGCUCUUUCAAGGUCAAGGGGAGGGUGUUAAUUCCUUGCAUGGUUCCUUCCCCCUCCCCUGGACUAGCUGGUACAAAUUAAAUGAUGCAGCAUAUUUUAAGAGGAUAAACUUCCACAGACCUGCUGAUUUAAUACAAUAUGUAUGGCUUGUUGGCUGUAGCUUUUCUUGGAGCCUAAUUUGGAUGCAGAAUUCUGUUUACUUUUCUGAAAGCAGGGCGCAUGCCCAGGCUCCCCUGCAGCCGGCCACUGUUGCCUGCAGAACAAGGGGUGGUUUCCUCUGCAGCGUUUUGGGUGUUCUGUGCUGUUGAAAGCUGAGAGGUGGUUGCCACCAAACUGAAUGGCAGUCUGGUUCAAUUCUCUUUUAUUUUUUUAAGAGAAAUAAAAGUAUUUCCCCCCUCUGACAAAUGUUGACCAUAUUUUCUCUGCUUUCUUAGAUAAUAAAAUAUACACACAUCUGAAGAAAAAUGCAUGCGAAUGCUACCUGACACCCCUGCAGCCAGUAAUUAAUGUGCUUGUUGGGCAGGGAGAGAAGUUUUCUUCUUUGUUUCAAAACAGCUUUUAGUGAGGUUCAGAGGAAUUGGGUGAGGGCUGACCUGGAAGAAACGUUCACCAGCCUUGUAGAACAGAGAGGUACCAGGCGCUUGUUUGCCUUUCCUCAUGCGAAGGAAGGGCCUGGCCUCUGAGGCAAGACUGUACGGGGUGGGUAGUCCAUGUGCCUCUGCCCAGUGCCUGCAGCCCCUAAAAGCCAGGCCCAGCAAUGCAGCAGAAUUGGCACUUGGGUAGAACUCUGAGGAUCACAGCAGCAUUAUCCUCAGAGAAAAGCCCCAAGCACAUCUAAGCAUAGUACGUUUCCUAAGCAGCUUUCCAUUUCCUAAGCAGGGUGUGCUUUAUAGUGCAGGUCAAGGAUCAGAAGCUCUUCCCAUGUUGUGGGGCUUAAGAGAUGUAAAAUUUCCAGAAAUUUUGGCACUAUGAAGAAAACAGUCCUCUGUCUCCUGGGAACAAAAGAACAUUGGGGGGGAAAAGCAAUAGGGGAUUUUAGUACUCUGCAGAUCUAAAGUCAACCUUUCCCAGUCUGGUGCCUCCCAUAGAUUCCCAUAGAUGUGCGCAUGGGGGGUGCUGGGGAGAGGUGGCCGCCUGAAGCAAUGUUCACACCCCCAGCACUGCAUUAUGUAUAACUUUGGUUUGCUCAUUAUCAUUCUAUUUAAAAUAUUUAACAGCAACUCAGUAAGUUGUCAUUAUUGCCUGAGUGAAAUAUCCUUUUAAAUGUAAUACUCCCAAACAUAAUUUUGAAGCAAGCCACAAUAGGUGUAAUACUCUAGGUUCCUAUUUAUUGCCUGACCAGCAACAAACAUCUGAAGGUGGCACUGAGGGCAGAAAAAGCGGGAAGAAGGGGCGAGGGCCAAGGGAGGCUGGCGUGCAGCGUCUCUUCCUGUUUGCAAGGAGGUUUAGUAAACUCCCUGGACCGGUUCGGUUUGUGGGGUGGAACUUGGAGAGACCUCAUUGGAACGACAAGCUAUUGAGGUAUUAUUUAGCUGGGAAAGGCUCAGCUCAGGAAUGGUAAGGAACCUUAUUCAAUUUAAAAACCUUUAAGCAGUCUCAGUUUAUUAAGAGUCAUAUUUAAUUUGUUUUUAUGUGUAAUUUAUGUUAAUAAAUGUCUUAUUGUUCA